AAAGUCACCAUUCAGAGUCGUCUCUCAGUCUUAGACACACACUCCAAACCAGCAAAGAUGUUCCGCUACAUGCUCGUUGCCUCCGCUUUCUUGGCCUGCGCCUACGCCGCUGCCUCCUACAGCCAGGAUGCUGGUGCCUACAUCACCAAGAGUGGUGGCGAUAUCCGUCCCGAUGGUCACUACGACUACGCCUACGAGACCAGCAACGGAAUCGCCGCCCAGGAGUCCGGACUUGGAGGACACCAGGUCAACGGAGGCUACUCGUACUACUCGCCCGAGGGACAGCUCGUUCAGAUCCAGUACUUGGCUGAUGAGAACGGCUUCCAGCCCCAGGGAGCCCUCCUGCCCACUCCUCCCCCAAUCCCAGCUGCCAUCCUGAAGUCCUUGGAGUACAUCCGCACCCACCCCCAGUACGAGGAACCGCAGUACCAGUCCCAGGGUCCUUCCCAGUACCGUAAGGUGAACUCCUUCCGCGGUUAGGGAGUAUUGGAAGUCUUAUGUGAUAACCU